AUGGUUGGUAGCGGGCAUUUCAUUAACGCGAUGCACGUUCCUCUCGUAUCAUACUUUUGUCCAAAUUCUUUCUGGUCACUGACGAUUGGCGCAGCACUCAUUUUCCAGCAACAUGAAGGAACUGCGCAGUGUCACUGCGUUAUGGCACCGCCGAUUCUAGAUGACCAUGGGGUCGAAAAGGGGAAAGUGAUUUGCCUAGCCUUGUGUUGCGGUCAUGUCGUCUGGGCGGAGUCGCACAAAGUCGGCUGCGGCUUUACAAAGUGCAGCAAAAUAAAAAACGCGCCCGGACAUAGGUUCAUACUGGUUUGCCAUUAUUUUCCGAGUGGUAACGUACUGAACAGCAAAGGGCCUUGUAGCGACUGUUCGGAAAGACACAGCUGUGUUAACGGCCUGUGCGAUGCAACGACGUCCGGAUGA